AUGGCGGCUUCAUUACCCAGCGCUGACCACAAUUUGCCCUUCACGCAGCCUGUAUGUCAAAAUUGUCAGACCUCCACCACUCCCUUAUGGCGGCGCGACGAAGCUGGUUCCGUCCUGUGCAAUGCCUGCGGACUUUUCCUCAAGCUACACGGCCGACCUCGUCCAAUCAGUCUCAAAACAGACGUAAUAAAAAGUCGCAACCGAGUCAAGACCGCCAGUCAAGCACCCAAGAAGAAGUUUGAACCAAAUGGCCUUCCCGCCUCUCAACCCGAAAUUACCACCCCCAAUGGCCUCAACACGCACCGUCGCGUCUCACAAAUGGCCGCAUCGGUGACCUCUGAUCGUUCGCAUUCACCAGUGUCACGCACAGGCACACCUGUCGUCCACCACGACCCGAACAUUGCCCCUCAACACCUCUUUGAUGGCGCCUCGGCUAUGCCUGAACAUCAUGCGAAUGGAUCAUCGCCCUCGUUACCGGCCCUGCACACUCUGAACCAACCUUCCCCUCCUGGAACCAACGCAUCUGCUCACGACAGACACUCUGAGUCAUUGACUUAUGAUCAGCUCCUUGCCGCCAAUACCACUCUCCGUACACGUGUGUCCGAACUUGAAGUUAUCAACAUGGUAUAUUUGGACAACGAAAAUAGCUUGCGCAAGGAACGGGACAAGGUCGUCAAAGAACGUGACGAUCUGAAAAGGCGAGUCGACGAGCUGGAAAACCAACUUCAUGAAGUCAACAACCAGGAACAUCUCUCGAAAAAGCAACGACUGUCGCCUGAAUUACGAUAA